CGAGAUAGAUUGACGGGACAAGAUGGCCACGAAGCAUUAGGAAUUCCUUAGCUACAGUCAUUUACAGCCUAGGCGAAAUAUACAUUUGAUAUUUUAGCAUUCUUUCAAUAUGGGGUUGUCUCAAAGCUCAGGUGCAUCCGAAGGAGGAACGGAUGGAUAUCACGUGCAUGGGGUUCAGGAGAAUUCGCCUGCAGAGAAAGCUGGUUUGAAUCCCUUUUUCGACUUCAUAAUAUCUCUGGAUAAUCAUAGACUUAACCAGGAGAAUGACCUCCUGAAGGAACUUCUGAAGGUUAACAUGGAGAAGUCUGUGAAGAUGGAAGUCUACAGUACAAGGACCAUGACGUUGCGGGAGGUGGAGGUGGUGCCCAGCAGUAUGUGGGGAGGACAGGGUCUGCUUGGGGCAAGUGUCCGCUUCUGCGGUUGGAAAGGAGCCAAUGAAAACGUCUGGCAUGUACUGGAUGUGGAUGUGAAUUCACCAGCUGCUCUGGCAGGCCUUCAACCCCACGGUGACUUUAUUGUGGGAGCGGACCAGGUGUUGCAAGAUUCGGAAGACUUCUUCUCAUUGGUUGAGGCCCAUGAAGGGAAGCCCCUAAAGCUGCUGGUGUACAACACUGAGACAGACGCCUGCCGUGAGGUGGUGGUCACACCCAACUCAGCCUGGGGAGGAGAGGGCAGUCUGGGUUGCGGCAUUGGCUAUGGAUACUUGCAUCGGAUCCCAGCUCAAUCCCAGCUCACGACACAGAAACAGGAAAUGCCCUUUGCCCCCCCUCCUGAAAAUAUGGACUCCCCAGAGAUGCCUACCAAUGGAUACACUGAGGCAUCCCUGGUGGCAGCCUCUGGUCAGCCCGUCCCGGAUGAGGAGCUCACAGACCUAGAGCACCUCAACCUCCAGGACAGCUAUCUGCCCCCACCCAUCCAGAGGAUAAUGGACCCAGGCUUCUCUGAAUCUGAGGUGGCUAUCAUGAACUCUGACCCCUCAGACAUGGUAGACAGGCUGGACUUGUCCAUCUCAUCCAUUGACAUGACUAACACAUCUCUGGCUGUGCAUGAGGAGAAGGACAUCGACAACAUCUCUGGUAUUGAGGAGCUAGGGGAAUGUGAACUGCCUUUCUCACCACCUGACAACCAGAUGGAGGAAGAUGCUCCAGAGUCAAUCUCCCAGGCAGCAGUGGACCUCACGCCCCCCCUUGCUUCAGCCAUCACUUCUUCAGACACACCCACCGAGUCACCUAUCCCACCGCCGGAAUCCCCUGACCUGGUUGAAGAGUCAAUAACCCCUCCUAUUGAGUCAAAUGAUCCACCAACUAACCUGCCCGAUGAAUCCCUUGACCAAGCCAUGGAAGAGUCCCUUCCACUUCCUGAGCCCCCUGUCCCAGUCCCAGACCCAGACCUCCCCUCCCUACCUUCUGUCAACCUCCUCCCAGCACAGCCUGUUGACCCCCCCUCCAUUGAUGACUCCACCAGUCAGGAUAUCCUGGAUGGACCUGAGCCUGAUGUCAUCAGCUCAGUUGAGGAGCCUGUGGAAUCAGGGGCAGUUGAAUCUGACCACCAAUGCUGCCACAACGACGAAGAAAUCCAUCUAGACACGGCAGUAGAGGAACCCUCCCUGGAGUAGGGUGGCUGUUGGUCACUUAGAAAACACUACAGAAAAGCUGAACUUCGACAAUCAAUAGAGCAAUUAUGAGGAAGACCUUAAUCCAAGACAGGACAAACUCACACUAUUCAUUCAUUCAAUUGGCUACAAGUAAACACUACAAGUCUUCCAUAGGUUCAGGUACAGUAUCGAAGUAAUUAUGUUGUAUGAUGAGAUACCAUGUAGGACAAAUUCUAAGUAGUUUAGUUAUAUAGUACUAUAGUUAUAGCUACCUGGUAUUGGGUAAAAUCCAAUGUUACAAGUAGUGCCAAUUGCCACCAUUUCCUAAACAGGCAAUGUAACAGUCUUUGUAGACUGUUUACAAUAAAAGUAGAUCAAAAUAUUGUAUUGGAAUGGCCAUGGAAUAUUUCCAAAGAUUAAUACAUCUACAUUUAAAUAUAUUGUAAAACUACAGUUGUGGAAGAACAAAGCACAGUUGCACCUUAAUCUUUAUGACAACAAGGUUUUUAACACAGUUUACACUAUCAGUGGGAGUCGCUCUAAGCACAUCUUAUAGCAACUGUAGCAGAUUUUGAUUGCUUCUUUUAAUUUGAAUGUCAUUGUAAAUCUUAGAUUUUUUGUUUAAAAAACAUUGACAUAGGGAAUUUCCUUGCAUAGUUUUAUAGUACACACAGCCCAUUUUUAUUUGUAUUUUACUUUGCUGAAGCUAUGCUGUGUUUACAAAUGUGACAGGUGGAAUCAGUUUGUCUGUGAUCCUAUCUUUUAAGAGAAAUGCAGGGCCUUCACUAGGAUACAGUAUAUUUAUUUUUAAAAAGUUUAAUCUUAUUGGUCAUUGGUUCAAGCAGGUCUGUAGCCUGCCAAUAUAAAGGGCAUUAUUUUAUAACAAAUAAUGAUGUUCCUUUGUCUCAUUCCCCAAUGUUACCUCGGCAUAUUCAUUAAACGUUAUCUAUGCAAUAUGUGUAAACCAGGUUAGACAUAGAGCUGUGACUUUGCUGUGUGCUGCAAUGUGGCCAUGCUUAUACCAUAAAAGCAGUCAUGAGUUUGCAUGCAUUUAUUUCUGUUGAGAUAAUAACACUACUGUUCAUUUCGUACCAGGUUAGGAAUGUCUUUCUGCAUGGGGAUGGUUUAUGGUUUCCACAUUUUUAUAGAGUAGAGUAGCUUGCUUGUAGGAGAAAUUGGAAGUAUUUUUGCUAAGAAUUUAUCAAUGGAGAGAAUGUUUUAUUAAGAAUGGGUGCAAAGACUGAAUGUGAAAUUGAUUCAUUUUCUCUCAAUGUGAAAAGAAUGACAUCACUGGAAGAAAAAAUAAAAUUUGUUACAUAUGUUUUUGUA